CGGCGUUCAUUUGGAUUAAAUAUGUAAGAGGGCGCAUCUAAACGUUAUUUACGAGAUAAUAAUUCUCACCAAUGGUAAAGAAACGCAGAAUAGACGCUAAAGGUGACAAGAAUCUCAAGAAUGUAUUAUUUCCGGUGAUACCGCUGCCAAGUGUCCAGCUAUGCCUGGCCAAUUCAGUUCCAAUCAGUUGUAUACGUGACAGAGAGAUCGAUAAGCUCUUCAGAGUCAAGAGUUUGGAGUGCCCCGAUGACCUAAACCAGCUGGAGACGAAUUUGGAGAUUUUAGGAACGGACAAGCUCGAUGAAGACGCACUUUGCAGAGAAACACAACAGAACAAGGAUCUGGACCAACUAAAGGCAGAACUCGCACUGAUAAAGUCUCUCUACAGCUACAUCGAACGCGGAAUAUGGAACAAGCAACGCAUACUCUCGGUCUAUGAGCUGGGCUACGGGAAUGUUUACAAGGAUAUGAGCGGGCUGGAAAGUUUGUAUCGACAUUGUACCACACUCUCUCCAUUUGCAUCUCUAAUUCGCUCCCUACUUACAUGCAUGAGCGAACAGGAGACAGAGACACAAGACCAAGUUUCCAAAGACGCUAGCGCGCAAGAGUCACUAAAGCGCAAGUUUGAGGAAUGCUCAGGUUUACAAGUAUGUUUUGAUCGAUUACCACUUUCAUCGCUCAAAAUUUCGGAUUUUUACGAUUCACGCCUUUAUCAAGAUAUCGAACCAAAGGAUGAGAACACAACCAAUGAAGAUAAUAGUGAGGAGGAAAUGUUUCAAAAUUUAGUACAGGGUAAAUUAUGUAAUGGCCAAGAAGCUAAAAAGCCACACGAGCUGGCAAUUUCUCUGAUUUUGAGCAACAAGUACGACUGUAUUUCACCUCGCCUCUUGACCCGAGUACUUGGGGAUUACAGAAUUAUAAAUGCAAUUUCCAAACACUAA